UGCGUGCGCAGCCACAGAGGGCAAAGGUGAAACGAGUGAUGAAGAUUCCUUCGCCGUAGCAGCCUCACUCACCGUCGCACUUGUUUAUCUUUAAAGGGUAGAAAUUCAGAAGCGGGCGAGCUGCAUCAACAAACCCGACCCGGAGGAAAAGAAACAAACAUGGCUCGUUUAGUAGCAGUUUGCAGGGAAGGGGAGGAGGACUACCCUUUCCUCUCCAGGCAGAUCCCUCUGCAUAUCGACGACACCCUCACGAUGGUGAUGGAGUUUUCUGACAGUGUCAUGGACGUGGACAGCAACGACAUAAACGUGUCUCACUGGAAACAGUUUUCUGAGUAUUACUCCAAGCUGAAGCAGCAGGACCUGAACAUGGCCCUGAUGGUGACUUCCAGGGAGGUGUACGCUGCGUUGUCUCAGCCGGUGCCAUGCGUGGGCUGCAGACGCAGUGUGGAGCGCCUCUUCUCACACUUGGUAGAAUCAGGGAACCCGGCCCUGGAGCCCCUCACUGUGAAACCCAGAGGCAUGCUCUCUGUCACCAAAACUUGUUUGUCAGACGUGAAGAAGCUCUACAACCUCUUCUACGUCCAUGGGUCAAAGUUGAACGACAUGAUUGAUGCCAUACCAAAAAGUAAGAAGAACAAACGCUGCCAGCUGCACUCCUUAGACACGCACAAGCCCAAACCUCUGGGGGGGAGCUGGAUGGACGUUUGGGAGCUCAUGUCUCAGGAGUGCAGGGACGAGGUGGUCCUCAUCGACAGUGCUUGUCUUUUAGAGACUCUGGAGACAUACCUGCGUAAACACAGAUUCUGCACCGACUGCAAGAACAAAGUUCUGAGGGCGUACAACAUCCUGGUGGGGGAGCUGGACUGCAGCAAAGAGAAGGGCUACUGCGCCGCCUUGUACGAGGGGCUGUGCUGUUGCCCCCAUGAACGCCACAUCCACGUGUGCUGUGAGACAGACUUUAUCGCUCACCUCCUCGGACGGGCAGAGCCGGAGUUUGCAGGAGGCUACGAACGCAGAGAGAGACACGCCAAGACCAUUGAUAUCGCACAGGAAGAAGUCCUGACCUGUCUGGGUAUUCACCUGUACGAGCGGCUGCACAGGAUCUGGCAGAAGCUACGAGCAGAGGAGCAGACCUGGCAGAUUUUGUUCCAUUUGGGGGUCGAUGCACUACGCAAAAGUUUUGAGAUGGCUGUGGAGAAGAUGCAGGGCAUCAGUCGCCUGGAGCAGUUUGUAGAGGAGCUGUCCGAGGAGGAGAGAGCGAAAGAGCUGAAGCAGGAGAAAAAGAGGCAGAAGCGUAAAAAUCGACGGAAAAACAAGUGUGGCUUUGACGUGUCAGAACAGGAGGCGGACGACAAGGAAAAAACAGACGAGGGUUCUCUUGAGUCCGUGGAGGACUCCUGCAAAGUCUGUGGCAGCCAAGAGGAGGAGGAGGAGGAGGAGGAGGAGGAGGCGGGAUGUGAUGAGACCGCCACCAACCAGAGCUCUUCUUGUAACUGCCCGGAGAGCACCAAACAGAAUUUGUCCCCUCAGAGCAACGGCAGUGACUGUGGAUACUCCUCAAGUAUGGAGGGCAGCGAGAUCGGCUCACGGGAAGGUUCUGACAUCGCCUGCUCCGAGGGAAUAUGCAACCACGACGAAGCAGGAGAAGAGACCAACACCCAUCACUGUGCUGAAGACAAAGAGGAGGACGCCCUAGACAGCUGUGUGGACUGCUGGACGCACUCCGAAGAGAACAGUCAGUGCAAGAGUAAAAAGAAGAAACGGAAGGGGAAGGCUUUAUGCAACAGUCAGGGAAAGAAGGCUGAAGGUUGCACGUCAGACGGGAACACGGCACGCCACAGUCUACCUUCGCGUUCAUGCCGAACCAAAGAAAUCUUCUCGUCCCUUUGUGAAGACGCACUCGCCAACCUUGCACUAAGGUUACCGUGGACGGCUCAUCAGAAGAACCUCAGCCUUAACGGGAGCGCUGCAGAGGCGAGCAUCAGUCUGGUGGAACUGCUGGACGAUUCCGAAGUGGCCUCCGACGAGGAGAACUUCCUGACGCAGGAUGAGAUUCAGGCAUUUCUAGAAAGAAACCAGUCCUUCUACAACAACCGCCACCAGUACCGCCAGCUCCUGAAAGAGAAAUUCACCAACUACUGCCGCUCCAAUGAGCAGAGUAAACCCGUGUGUGGGAAGUGGUUUGCCACCACCACCAGUGUCAACUAACUGCACAAACCGCUGCCACCGCCACCCGGGGAGCAACACUCGUGACCACUGCUGCAGCGUCUUCACUGAGAUAACUGUGAAGUCCGUUUGGUGUCUGGUUCAGUCAUUUCUCCGUUUUUUAAAGUGUCGUGAUUCUGACUUUCUGUUGCAAUCGCACACAAACACACUUUCUCAUCUCUUGGCUGCGUUCUUGCCUGCGGUUGUUCUCCCUGACCAAACCUAGCUUGGUGUCGUUGGUCUUCUGUAGGGUCAUUGGGUCGGAGCACAGUGGAAUCAGUAAACGAGCUUUGCAAGCUGUGAUGUUAGGGAUACAUUUUAGGAGUCUUAUUUUUAUGUUUUCUUGUUUUCUAUUUUGGUGACACGUCAAUGUAGUGGUAAAGGUCGUACCGUUAUAUGUGUACAGGAAUUCUAAAUAUAGAGAUUUUACAGAGAAUCAAAAAUCCAUUUGUAACAAGGAUUUGGAUGAUGUGAUGUCAAGAAUGCAAUGUGCAACAAUUUACUAAAUAAAGAAUAUUUAUUAAUAUGCA